UCCCCAUCCACCCCCAGCUACACCCCAAUCCUCCCCCUCCUCACCACCAAACGAGUCUUCCUGCGCGCCGUCCUCGCCGAACUCCUCUGGUUCAUCUCCGGCAGCACCUCCAGCCUACCGCUCUCUACCGCGGGGAUCAAAAUCUGGGACGGCAACGCCUCCCGCGCCUACCUCGAUUCCAUCGGCCUGACCGACCGCCCCGAAGGCGAUCUCGGCCCCGUCUACGGCUUCCAAUGGCGACACUUCGGCGCCGAAUACAUCGAUUCCAGCACGGAUUAUACCGGGCAGGGUAUCGAUCAGCUCGCGGAGGUGGUGCGGAAACUCCUCACCAACCCCUUCGAUCGCAGGAUUAUUAUGAGUGCGUGGAAUCCCGCCGAUUUGGGAAAAAUGGCCCUCCCGCCGUGUCAUAUGUUUGCGCAGUUUUAUGUGAGGUAUCCGGAUGCGGAUGAGGUGUGGAAGGGUGGGGAUCAGGCGAACGGGGAGAAGGGGAAGGGGCAUUUGAGUUGUUUGUUGUAUCAGAGGAGUGCCGAUAUGGGGUUGGGGGUGCCGUUUAAUAUUGCUUCGUAUGCCCUGUUGACGCAUUUGUUGGCUCAUGCGGUCGAUUUGGUGCCGGGGGAGUUGGUCCAUACGUUGGGGGAUGCGCAUGUGUAUUUGGAUCAUGUCGAGGCGUUGAGGGAGCAGGUGGAGCGGGAGCCGGUCGAGUUUCCCGAGUUGAGGAUUAAGAGGGAGGAUCGGGGGAGUGGCGUUGUGGAUGGGUGGACGGAGGAGCAGUUUGAGGUCGUGGGGUAUAAGCCGCAUAAGGCGAUUCAGAUGAAGAUGAGUGUGUGA